CUGCACCGGCCGGUCAUCUCGGCUCACCGUGGCGGUGAUCUUGGAGGUCGAUGGCCAUGGGAGUAAUGCUGGUCGCCGUCGUGGUCGUGGCGGGGCUGCUCCUGCACGCCGCCACCGUGGCCGAGGCGCAGACCCUCAGGGUUGGGUACUACGACCAGACGUGCAAUAGAGCCGAGAGCAUCGUGUUCGAGGAGGUCCAGAAGGCGUGGAACGCCGACAGGAGCAUGCCGGCGGCGCUGCUCCGGCUGCACUUCCACGACUGCUUCGUCAAUGGGUGCGACGGGUCAGUGCUGCUGGAGUCCGGCGACAACCAGGCGGAGAAGAACGCGCCGCCGAACCAGAGCCUCCGGGGGUUCGAGGUGAUCGACAGGGCCAAGGCGAGGAUCGAGGCCGUUGGCAAGGAGACGGUGUCGUGCGCGGACAUCCUCGCCUACGCCGCCAGGGACAGCGUCAGGGUCGCGACCGGCGGGUACGAGUACAAGGUCCCCGGCGGGAGGCCGGACGGCACGGUGUCGCGGGCGAGCAUGGCGAACAGCGACCUACCUCCGCACAAGCAGCGGAACGUGGAGCUGCUGGCGCAGUACUUCUACAGGAAGGGCCUGUCCAUGGACGACGUGGUGGUCCUGUCGGGCGCGCACACGCUGGGGGUGACGCGGUGCGGCACGUUCGACUACCGGCUGAUGAGCGACCAGGACAAGGGCAUGAACGCGACCUUCAGGAACGAGCUGAGGCGGCAGUGCGGCUACGACGCGAACAGGGUGGUGUCCCUCGACGCCGGCAGCCCCUACGGGUUCGACACCAGCUACUACGCCAACGUGCUGGCCAACCGCACCGUGCUCGAGUCCGACGCCGCGCUCAACUCGCCCCGGACCGUAGCCAGGGUCAGGGAGCUCAGGGCCGCCGCCCCGUCCGCCUUCUUUGGCAGCUUCGCGGUUGCCAUGGGCAGGAUGGGCGCCAUCCGCGGCGCCAAUCCGGGCAAGGUCCGCGCUAACUGCAGGAGGGUCAGGACGUGAUCGACGUACGUGCGUGCGCGGCGGCUUGGCCAUUUGAAUUGUUUCGUGCUUGUUGAUCGGUUUGAUGAUCAGCAUUGUAGCAACAUGUGAACAUCGGUUGCUCCGGGUUCGGGCAUUCGUUCAGUUCAGUAGGUGUAACAUUGUUGUUCCUUGGGCGAGGCUAAUUCGUGCCCUUAGUGCGGUCAUGUUUCUUUUCUUCCGAAGACAUG